AUGGAUGCAGAACGGCUCAAGACAGUCGCCAUCGCACUGGGAGCACUGUCGUUGCCAGCGCUAUAUAUGCUUCUGAAACCUAAGGUAUCAAUUCCUGGUCCUCGUGGUCUUCCUUUCAUUGGAAACAUGCUCGACUUUCCAACGACCGAGCCUUGGUUCGUGUGGGAAAAGUGGAGGAAGCAGUACGGUCCUAUCGUCUGUCUGGAAAUCUUUGAAGUGAAAAUUAUCAUGCUCAACGAACCGCGUCUGAUCACCGAAAUGCUGGAUAAGACGCCGGCCUCAUCAGGACGUUCGACAUUCUACGUCUUGGGUGAACUCGCCAUUGCCGGUAUUACAAUCAAGAUGACCUAUGGCAUCGACAUUGCGGACAAGAAUGAUCCUAUCAUGGCCGAUGCUCAAGUUGCAGUGGAUCAAUUCAACGAAAACACCAAACCAGGCUCGCAAUUGGUCGAAUUCUUUCCUUUCCUCAAGUACGUGCCGGGUAUGCGCUACAAGAGGAUGGUACCACAAUGGAAGAAGGAGAUUAACAAAGUUCCCGAGACACCAUCUAGUGUCGUCGUGGGUGAACUGCGCAAAGGUAUCGUCAAGCAAACGGUAGCCCAUGAGCUCCUACAAGAACCAAAUAUGUCGCGCGAGCGUCUCAGAGAGGUUCAAUGGACGUUGGCAUCCAUUUACUUUGGUGGCAUCGACACGACAGCGAACGCAAUCAACAGCGCCGUCCUUGCCAUGGCACUAUAUCCCGAGGUCCAAAAGAAGGCACGAGAUGAAAUAGAGAGGGUAUUGGGGGAAGAUCAACUUCCGACCGCAAAGGAUCGCAAAAGCCUACCCUAUAUCGACGCUUUCAUCAAAGAAGUCAUGCGUUGGCACCCAAUCAUACCAACUGGUGGUCCUCGUCGCCUUACAGAAGAUAUCAUCUUUGAAGGCUAUGUACUCCCGAAGGAGACGAUUGUCAUAUCCAACUUAUGGUGUAUCUGUCACGACGAUCGAUUCUUCUCGUCCCCGCACGAAUUCCUUCCUGAGAGAUUCCUCAAGUCGGACGAUCCAAACGCGCCAACUGCAUUGUACGAACCGUGGAACCUUGUCUUUGGUGCUGGGAAACGGAUAUGUCCAGGACGGGAUCUUGCAGACUUGGAGAUAUGGUAUGCAGUUGCUACAAUCUUUGCCACGCUGCACAUCGAACUUGCUCCGGGAGAGCGCAAGGCGGCUGCAUUCCUCUCUGAAACUCUGAGCGGCCCUGAAAAGUUCUCGUUCACGAUAACGCCAGUGAGCCCAACGAUCGAGAGAGUCUUACGAUACUUGGUCGCAGACCAGUAA